AUGAAUACAAAUCGAAUGAGUAAUUACAAGCCACAUAUUAACAUCAGUGUUGCUGGUCCAUAUCACAGUGGGAAGAGUACUCUUUUUGGUCAUUUUAUCUACCAACUUGGUGGUGUUGACAAGCGUACCAUAGAACGUUUUAAAAGCAUUUCAGAGUCUAUGGGGUUAUCUAAAUGUGAAUAUGCUUUUAUUCCCGAGUCUCAGCAGACUGAAAGAAGUCAACAGAGAUCUAUAGUACCAAGUACUUGGGUUAUCAACACCAACAAAUUUCGUGUCUCAUACACUGACACUCCCGGACAAAACCGUCUUAUUAAAAAUUGUAUUCGUGGUAUUCAGAAGGGUGACUAUGGUCUUCUUGUGCUUUCAGCGUUACAGAAUUUAGACGAACAAAAAGACGCAAUACGAGAAAAGUUGAUUCUUUUCAAGACCUUUCUUGUUGAUGUCUUUGCUGUUGUUAUAACAAAGAUGAGUGAAGUGGAUUACUCAGAAAGUCGCUUCGACGAAGUUCAAGCGUUUGUUACUGACGUUUUGAGUCUUCUUAAUUUUGAUGUUCACAAAAUCAAAUUUAUUCCAGUCGACGGAUUUGAAGGAGAAAACUUGUCGACUUUAUCAUUGAAAAUGCCUUGGGCAGUAAAGAAGAGUAAACCCCUUCUUGAAGAGAUCGACGCAUUACAAGUCCCCGAGAGAAGUUUAAAUGACAAGAAGCCACUUCGGGUGACUGUUGAAGACUCUUAUAGAAUCAGUGGAAUUGGGUGCGUCUGUGUUGGAAUGGUCGAGAGUGGUAUUUUACAAGAACAGAGUAAAUUAAUAGUGUCACCAAGUGGCGUGUCGGCACAAUGUAGAAGUAUUGAGAUGCACCAUGAGAGCUUAUUUGAAGGAAAAGGAAGAGAUUUUGUUGGUGUUAAUCUGCUGUAUGCAACUCAUUUGGACUUUCAUGUUGGAGACAUCAUUUCAGAUAUUAAUAGUCCGGCAGUCCGGUGCGAAAGAUUUGAAGCUCAAAUUCAAGUCGUUGAUCAGAGAAGUAUCAAAGUAGGGUACAUGCCACUUUUCAAUGGAGCUUUAGUCCAAAUGCAGUGUAAAAUAGUCGAAAUGAAGGCUGUGGAAAAGAAAGAUACAAAAGAGGUUGAAAGUGGGAGUGUUACAGAAGUACACUGUGGCGAAUCAGCAGUGGUUUCUAUAAUACCAUUAAGGCCUUUAUGUAUCGAGACUUUUGAAAAAUUUCCAAAAUUAGGAACUUUUUUAUUACGAGAUAAUGGGAAAGUAGUUGCGACGGGAAGAGUCAAAGAAAUUAUUAAUUGGUCAACAACAUCAAAUAACACCAUCAAAAAAUUAAUUGGGAAAAACACUCAAAUUCAAGCAAUAACAAUUGAUAAGUCAAUAUAUUAA